AGGCUCCAACAGUCGGAAUAAAAAGAGGGUCGGGACACAGCACUUGACGUCUCUUCUCGAUCCCAAACUCAGCACCACAAACCCACACCAAGGUCCGUGCAAAAACCCCAACUUUAUCACUCUCAACCGAGAACAAUGCCUCCCAAGGCAGCGAAAGGUAAAGAAGCGCCAGCAGAGAGACCUAUCCUUGGUCGAUUCUCAUCCCACCUCAAGAUUGGAAUUGUGGGAUUGCCGAAUGUUGGCAAGUCUACUCUUUUCAACACACUCACAAAGUUGUCAAUACCUGCAGAAAAUUUCCCUUUCUGUACCAUUGAGCCUAAUGAGGCCCGUGUUCAUGUCCCUGAUGAGAGAUUUGAGUGGCUUUGUCAGUUGUUCAAGCCAAAAAGCGAGGUUUCAGCUUUCUUAGAAAUCCAUGAUAUAGCUGGACUUGUUAGAGGUGCGCAUCAAGGACAAGGGCUGGGCAACAGUUUCUUAUCACAUAUUCGUGCUGUUGAUGGGAUUUUUCAUGUACUUCGAGCAUUUGAAGAUCCUGAUAUCGUCCAUGUUGAUGACACUGUGGAUCCUGUGAGGGAUUUGGACGUUAUUAGUGCAGAGUUACGACUAAAGGAUGUGGAAUUUAUCGAGAGGAGGAUAGAGGAUGUUGAAAAGAGCAUGAAGAGGAGCAAUGACAAGCAGUUAAAGAUAGAGCUUGAGCUUUGUCAAAGGGUCAAGGCAUCGCUUGAGGAAGGUAAAGAUAUUCGUCUAGGGGACUGGAAAGCUGCUGAUAUUGAGAUACUAAAUACUUUUCAACUGCUUACUGCCAAACCUGUUGUUUACUUGGUUAACAUGAAUGAGAGAGAUUACCAAAGAAAGAAGAACAAGUUUUUGCCAAAGAUUCAUGCUUGGGUACAGGAACACGGUGGUGAACUAAUUAUUCCUGUCAGCUGCUCAUUAGAGAGGAGUCUUGCUGAUAUGCCACCAGAUGAAGCGGCAAAGUAUUGUGAGGGGAACAAGGUACAAAGUGGCCUUCCAAAGAUCAUAAAGACUGGGUUCUCUGCAAUUAAUCUCAUUUACUUUUUUACUGCUGGCCCUGAUGAGGUGAAGUGCUGGCAAAUAAGACGGCAGACAAAGGCUCCUCAAGCUGCAGGGGCUAUCCACACUGAUUUUGAGAAAGGAUUUAUUUGCGCUGAGGUCAUGAAAUUUGAAGACCUGAAGGAACUUGGUAGUGAGUCAGCUGUCAAGGCUGCUGGAAAGUACAAACAAGAGGGAAAAACAUAUGUUGUCCAAGAUGGUGACAUAAUAUUUUUCAAAUUUAACGUUUCUGGUGGUGGAAAGAAGUGAGAUUCAGUGCCGGUAUGAUUGCUAUGAAUUUUAACUUGGUGAAAUGUUACACUGAUUCUCUCUUUGAAUAGAGAAUAUUUGUAUCCCCCUUUUCCGCAGUUUGUAUAAACUCUGGCUUGAUACAGUUAAAAAGUAUUGCUAAAACUUGUCAGUUCCGUCGUCGGGAUAUAGGGCUCUGUCAUAUGCAGUUUUGAUGAUUGAGAUUCUACAUUAUUUCUUUUCUGUAUGGAUUAUGAAUCAAUGAUCCCGAUCAAUAUACUUUUUGGUAUCUUUUCUGCA